GCUACCCCGGCCGAUUCUCCACAAUUCGCAUGCAACAUGCCCUAAAUCGCGAACUCUGUGCUGGAACUCCCACUCUCAGUGCGCGACAUGCGUCCGGGGCGCCGCUUGACAUAUAUCAGGCGGGGACCCCUAAGGAGAGAGGGACCCUUUUCCUCUUCAACUAACCUAGCCUGUCCUGUCCUGCUUCUCUGUCCAGACACAAACUGUAUACAUUCAUCCAGCAACCACACGAGAGACAGAGACAGAGACAUAGAAAGAGAGAGGGAGACAGAGCCAUGGAUGACCAAGUAACCCGCCUCGUAGAAAAGACCUGGGCAAAAUACCAAACUCUUCCCAAAUCCCGCCGCCUCAUGAUCGCCAUCUCCGGCAUCCCAGGCUCAGGCAAAACCACCCUCGCAACAACCGUCGCCAGCGCCCUCAACGCAAAGCACGCCCUCUCCUCCCCCGGCACUGCCGCAACCACCCGCGUCGCCGCCGCCAUCCCCAUGGACGGCUACCACCUCUCGCGCGCCCAACUCUCCGCCCUGCCAGACCCCGCAACCGCACACGCCCGCCGCGGCGCCGCAUUCACAUUCGACGGCGCCAGUUUCCUCGCGCUAGUGCAGCAGCUGCGCGAGCCCCUGGCGCCGGAAAGCCGCACGCUGUACGCGCCCUCGUUUGACCAUGCGCGCAAGGAUCCCGUGCCGGAUGAUAUUGCGAUUAGUCCGCAGACGCGCAUCGUGGUGUUUGAGGGGAACUAUCUGAGUCUGGAUCGGCGGCCCUGGAGUGAGGCGGCGGGGCUGAUGGAUGAGUUGUGGUUUGUCGAGGUUGGGUUUGGGGUUGCGUGGGAGAGGCUGGUGCCGAGGCAUGUGCGGGCUGGGAUUGCGAGGGAUGAGGAGGAGGCUGGGAGGAGGGUGGAUGAGAAUGAUUUGGUGAAUGGGAGGGAGAUUGUUGAGGGGCGGUUGCCGGUUGAUGAGGUUGUUGUGAGUCGCGAUGAUUUGGGUUGGAGGCCGGAUGCUUUGGCUCUGGCUCAGCAGACGUAAGGCCAUAAAGGAGGUUGUGCCUUGAAUGAAAGCGAGCGUUUAUAGCACACCCAUCGUGAAUCGGAGAUUCUGGAUACCUAUUCUUCCUGUAGCACGCCGUCUUGACUGCUUUGGGCAGUAAUAGCGAAAAGCCAACUCCAUCUGGGGCAGUAUAUGAGAACUGGUAUAACCCUGCAGCAAUGCUUUAAUUUAUAUAAGCCGUUAUAUCGUCUAAACUG